GCUAAUGUACUCCUACCUACCAAAGCGCAAAUAGUUGAAGCCAUCGUCUACUCCGUCUGCUUAGUUGCUCAUCCACUCCAGUUCUUGAUACCUCCGAAAUCCCGAAUCGGAUCAUGUUUCCGAUAACCCGACCCAUCAAACCUCGAAUUCUAUAGGCUAUAGCGCCAUUAUCGUCCUCCCUUAUUGUUCCUGCAACAACGAUGUCAGUCGCGUCCCUUACAGCGCCCCACUCUCACUGUCGGAUCGGAAGCUUCCGCUACUAUGAGCAAGCUCGUUUGAAGAGACCCAGAGACGUCAUCUCUCUUGCCCCGAAACCCUUUGCAGCAAACCCCCUGCAGCUUGGAAUCCAUUUUCUCAAUUGGGAUUUUCCGGGGACCCGCCGAUGGUACGCCGUCAAGGCCUUCGAAUCGGACGCGACGACUGCAAGGCCUUCGAACUACGAAUUCAAUUUCGACGCUUUCUUAUCGGUUCUCGAGUUCAUAUGCUUGGCCUCUUCUGCUGCUGUGUCAAUUGCGCUUGCGGUGAAUUCGUGGCUUUUCGGGCGGUUCGGGAACCGGGUUCUGGUGGGACAGUGUGUGGUGUUGGUGGGCGGAAUGGCGAUCGGAGCUGUGAUUAGAAGGCGGCAGUGGCGGAGGAUUUGUAAUGCUGAGUUUUCGAGGCCCGGCGGUGGUGGUCAGGGUUCCACGGCGGGGGUUAAUUUGGUAGAGAGGAUUGAGAAGCUGGAAGAAGAUAUGCGGAGCUCCACUACCAUAAUUCGGGUCCUAUCAAGGCAGCUCGAGAAGCUGGGCACCCGUUUUCGCGUUACAAGGAGGAAUUUAAAGGAUCCUAUAACAGAGACUGCAGCAUUGGCCCAGAAGAACUCCGAGGCCACCCGAGCAUUGGCAGUGCAAGGGGAGGUUCUGGAGAAGGAGCUUGGUGAAAUACAAAAGGUCUUACUGGCAAUGCAGGAUCAACAACAGAAACAACUUGAAUUGAUUCUUGCGAUUGGGAAAACUAGCAAGUUAUGGGAUAACAAGCAAGGACCCAGUCAAGAUCAUAGUGAGAAUCAAAAUGCACCUAAUACUACGAAUUCAGCUGUUGAUGGAUCACCAAAGAUGAGACUGAAUCAAAAAAUGCAAACUUUGACUGGACACAAAGAAGCAAUGAAUGAGCAGGUCUAGAUUCUAGGAGGCGGAGACUACAACCAGAAUGGUUUGGUUUGGUUAAAGAUGAAAGCCGCAUAAUCCCUUGUAUGUUCAUUCGAACAGCUGCACUUUGAUAUAUUGAGAGUGACCAAUUUGUGAGGUUUUGCAUCCCUUGUCAGAUUAACAUUCCCGCAAGAUUUUCGGUCCAUGGCGAAGAGGGAAAGAUGAGAGCGUACAAAAGUUGAACAUGCCCGCUUCUUGAUGUCUCACGUGAAAAAGCGAUGGAUGUAGUUUUGGAUAUAUGCACAAAUAUGGUUCUUGUUUAUGUCUUGCAGAGAAUUUAUUUCCAUUCCUUUUUUAGGCUGUAUUUCUCUUGUGUUGUAUUCUCUAGAGUUAAAUGUUUCAGAAACCCACCAUAAACUUAAAUGUAUAGGGAGGACAAAGGCAUCUCAUUGGUGAAGUGUCCUUAUUUUGUUAGUCUGAUGGUUUAGUUAAUGGCAAUUCUUGAUUUAUCA